AUGCUGCUGUCUGUCAGGAACGCCUUACUGCGCCGCACUGCGGCCCUCGCCAGCGCCACGCGCACCCGCGCCGCAGCCCCUCCCCCUCUCACAAGACACUUCACCACCACCCGCCCAGCCUCCACCGCCAAGACCCCGCCCGCCGCAGCCCCCGCCGCGCAAUCCUCCUCCCCGCCCGCCCCGCGCGGCGUCGCCCUAGCCCUCGCCGCGCAGACCGACGCGCGCAUCGCCCCGCGCGCGCGCCUGCGCGACGAGUUCACGCUCGCGGGGCGCGUCGCGCUCGUCUCGGGCGCGAACCGCGGGCUCGGGCUCGAGAUGGCGCUCGCGCUCGCGGAGGCGGGCGCGCGGGCCGUGUACUGCGUCGACCUGCCUGCGUCGCCCGGCGCGGAGUGGGAGGCGGUGGCGGAGUACGUGAAGCGGAUGGGCGCGGGUGAGGGAAAGGGCGAGGGGACGAGGAUGGAGUACGUGUGUGCGGAUGUUACGGACCAGGCGCGGAUGUGGGCGGUUGGGCGGGCGAUUGGGGAGAGGGAGGGGAGGAUGGACGUGUGUGUUGCCGCGGCGGGGAUAUUGAGGGAGCAUACGGACUGCUUGGAGUACCCCGCGGAGCAGUUCCGCAAGGUGUUUGACGUGAACGCGAACGGGGUGCUGUUUACGGCGCAGGCGGCGGGGAGGGAGAUGGUGCGGUUCGGGAACGCGGGGAGCAUCAUCCUCAUCGCGUCGAUGAGCGGGAGCAUUACGAACAAGGACCACGCGUGGGUGUCGUACAACAGCUCCAAGUCUGCGGUGCUGCAGAUGGGGCGGAGCAUGGCGUGCGAGCUGGGCGCGAAGGGGAUCCGGGUGAACACGCUCUCACCGGGGCACAUCUACACAUCGAUGACUGCGGCGUACUUGGACAAGCAGCCGGAGCUGUUCGAGAAGUGGUCGAGGUCGAACCCGCUGGGACGGCUGGGGCGGCCGGACGAGCUGCGGGGGGUGGUCGCGUGGCUGGCGUCGGACGCGUCGACGUUCUGCACGGGGAGCGAGUGA